AUGGCUCUCCGGUACUUCUUUGGUCUCUCCUGGACCGCCUUCGUGGUGGUCGGAUUGUAUAUGCUCUUCACAGGAGAAGGUGAAGCAUUCAAUGUCGGCCGCUUUCUCGAAGAGGUAUCUCCCUUCGCCUGGGCAAACAUCGGUAUUGCGCUCUGCAUUGGUUGUUCCGUGGUCGGUGCUGCAUGGGGUAUCUUCCUCACGGGCUCCUCGAUCCUCGGUGGUGGUGUUCGAGCCCCCCGAAUCCGAACCAAGAACUUGAUCUCCAUUAUUUUCUGUGAGGUCGUGGCUAUCUAUGGUGUGAUUAUGGCCAUCGUAUUCUCCGCCAAGCUGGGUUCCGUUCCCGAAACCCAACUCUACACUAGUAGCAACCUCUACACGGGAUAUGCACUUUUCUGGGGUGGUAUCACAGUUGGAGUCUGUAACUUGAUCUGCGGUAUCUCCGUUGGUAUUAACGGUAGUGGCGCUGCUUUGGCUGACGCCGCUGAUCCUAGUCUAUUCGUGAAGAUUCUCGUUAUUGAGAUCUUCAGCUCUGUCCUGGGCUUGUUCGGUCUUAUUAUCGGUCUUCUGGUGAGCGGCAAGGCCUUGGACAUGGGCGCGGCGUGA